CGUCUCGACGUUCAGCAUCACUCCUUCCCCCACCUCCAGCACAGGACCGUACUCUGACACUUGAACAUGUUGUUGGAUAAACUGGUGCUGUGCGUCCUGUCCGCCCUGUGUAACUGUGAGUUGUGCGGGGGAUUCGUCUACGACCGGCCCAGACGGUCUGGAGAGGGGGGAGGCUCUCCCAGGACUGAGUCUCGCUAUGCUUCUGCUUAUCUGCCGGGCUCUGGCUCCUGUAAGAGCCGGUGCUUUGAGCUCCACGAGACGGAGCCGCCCUACUGCAGAUGUGACAACCUGUGUAAGACCUACAGCAGCUGCUGCUCCGACUUCGACCGGCUCUGCCUCCGCACGGAGGGCGGCUACGAGUGUAGUAAGGACCGCUGUGGCGAGGCCCGCAACGACCUCCACGCCUGCCAUUGUUCUGAGGACUGCCUGGCCAGAGGAGACUGCUGCACCAACUACAAGAAUCUCUGUAGAGGAGACACACCAUGGCUGCAGGAGGAGUGUGAGGAGAUCCGGGCCCCGGAGUGCCCUGCUGGGUUUGUGCGUCCCCCACUCAUCAUGCUGUCGGUGGACGGCUUCAGGGCGUCCUACAUGAAGCGGGGCGGCAGCGUCAUGCCCAACAUCGAGAAGCUGCGAACAUGUGGUACUCAUGCACCCUACAUGAGACCGGUUUAUCCAUCCAAAACAUUCCCCAACCUUUACUCCCUGGCCACGGGCCUCUACCCGGAGUCUCACGGGAUCGUUGGGAACUCCAUGCAUGACCCCGGGUUUGAUUCAACCUUCACCCUGAAGGGCAGAGAGAAACUCAACCAUCGCUGGUGGGGCGGGCAGCCCAUCUGGAUCACAGCCAUCAAGCAGGGCCUCAAGGCCGCCACUUUCUUCUGGCCCAUUGCGAUUCCUCUCCAGCGGAGAAUCCUGACCAUGCUGCAGUGGCUGCAUCUCCCCGAGGGCGAGAGGCCCUACGUCUACGCCAUGCACUCGGAGCAGUCGGACGCGUAUGGACACAAAUUUGGCCCCUUGAGUCCAGAGGUGAACAUCCCUCUGAGGGUGAUUGACAGGAUCGUCGGCCAACUGAUGGAUGGCCUGAAACAGAUGAGACUCGAUCGCUGUGUCAAUGUCAUCCUGGUGGGAGAUCACGGUAUGGAGGAUGCCAGUUGUGAGAGGACAGAGUUCCUCAGCAACUACAUGUCCAACGUUGAUGACAUCAUCCUUGUCCCUGGGUCGCUAGGCAGAAUUCGCUCCAGGCAUCCCAACAAUCCAAAAUAUGACCCAAAGGCUCUCGUUGCAAAUCUAACGUGUAAAAAACCUGAGCAACACUUCAAGCCGUACUUGAAGCAGCACCUUCCCAAACGGCUGCACUACGCCAACAACCGCCGCAUCGAGGACAUCCAUCUUCUGGUGGAGAGGAAGUGGCAUGUGGCCAGGAAAGGGCCGGAGGGAAAGAGGCACUGUGGCUUCUUAGGGGACCACGGCUACGACAACAAGAUCACCAGCAUGCAGACCACGUUUUUAGGAUACGGGCCUACCUUUAGGUUCAAGACUAAAGUGCCACCCUUUGAAAACAUUGAGCUUUAUAAUGUCAUGUGCGACCUCCUGGGUCUGAAGCCGGCCGCCAACAACGGGACCCACGGCAGCCUGAACCACCUGCUGAGGAGCCCAGUCUUCAGGCCCGCCAUGCCCGAGGAGGUGUCCAGGCCGUCGCCGCCAGCCCCCGUUCCCACGGUAACAGACGACCUGGGCUGCGCCUGCGACGACAAGGUCAGCCUCGAUGUCUCGGCGGCAGCCCCGGAGCGUUCUAGCAAACGUCACGGACAACAGCGCUUUGAGGCCAUGCAGAACAAAGUGGAGGAGCUAAACCAACGACUGAAGCAAGCUAUUGAUGACAGUAGAAACCUGCCGUACGGACGGCCCGCGGUCAUGUUCCGCGCCAAGUACUCUGUCCUCCACCACAGCGACUUUAUCAGUGGCUACAGUGAGGCCCUCUCCAUGCCCCUUUGGACCGCCUUCACUGUGGGCCGGCAGGUGGAGGUGCACCCCCUGCCCGAGAGCCUGUCUAACUGCGUGAGACCGGACCGCCGCGUGCCCCCCGCCUUCAGCCAGUCCUGCACCAACUACAGAGCAGACAAACACAUGUCCUACGCCUUCCUGUACCCCCCGCAGCUCUCUUCAACCAUGGAUGGGAAGUACGAAGCACUCCUCAUCACAAACACAGUUCCCAUGUAUCCUGCUUUUAAAAAGGUUUGGGGCUUCUUCCAGAGGGCUCUGGUGAAGAGGUACGCCAUGGAGAGGAACGGGGUGAACGUAGUGGCCGGACCCAUCUUCGACUACGACCACGACGGAGUCAGGGACUCUGCUGAGAAGAUGAAACAGUAUGUGAGCGGUACGAUGCCCAUCCCAACACACUACUUUGUGGUGGUAACCAGCUGCCUAGACUUCCCCCAGGCCGCAGACGUCUGCACGGGGCCCCUGAGCAGCUUCGCCUUCGUCCUGCCUCACAGACCGGACAACGAGGAGGCCUGCAACAGCUCUGAGGACGAGUCCCGGUGGGUCGAGGAGCUGAUGAAGAUGCACACGGCCAGGGUCCGAGACGUGGAGCUCCUGACAGGGCUGGACUUCUACCGCCGGACCAACCAGAGCUACCCCGAGAUCCUGUGGCUGAAGACGUACAUGCACACCUACGAGAGUGAGAUCUGAACAGCCACGCAGCGUAGAGGGCCUUUCAGGUCAGUCCCACACAUGCAGUUCACAGCAAGAUCUUAAAUGUUCAACUAAAAAGAGAUUAAGCUCCCAAAAAUCUUGAAAUGUAUAAAAUGCAGUAUUUAUUUUGUUCAAUGGGUUUUUAAGAAUGUCCCAUGGAGAUAGACAUUGAAGUGGUUGGUGUUGGUAAAAGUCCGGCCAUGUUUACCGCAAUGUUUUCAACGUAUAAUUGUUGGAGUUAAGGUGGAGGAUGUUGGAGUAUGGGGUCAAGAAUCAGCCGAUUUAGAGAAAUGCUUUGUGUCCCUUUGAGCUGUGUUCUUCUGCUGGUGGUGUGACUGAGAGGCGUAGUGGUUUUCUGAGACCAAAUGAUCACUAUUUGUCUUAUUUUUUUGUAACGUGAUGUGUUGCUGGAUGUUUAUAUUUUGAUACUUGUACUGUAGCUUCUCGUCAUUCAAAGUACACCAAUCUAUAUGUCCCCAACAUUGAGCACCAGCAGGAUAUGCUGUUUACAUAAUGUGUCCCGCUUGGCUACUUAAAAGCUACAUAAGGUUUGGUUUUACUGGUUCGCAACUAACCUUGUAGCUCCAAGAGGAUGAUCUGAUGAACAUUGCUGGAUGAAUAUUGAAUGAGUGUGAUGUUGUUACACAAUGUGAACAACCUUGAUAGUACCACUGCUUUAUGAUUUGCUUGUACCAAAAAUAGUGGGACCUUAAGCUGUCAAUCAAAAGUGCACACAGGGGGAAGUCUGCUCUGGACUAGCUUCAGAGUUAGCCUCGAACCCUCCAUUCAUCCUUCACUACUUUUACCGUAGAUAAAAUGUGGAAUACCUCGCAGGGCUCCAGACUAACGUUGAACUAAGUUUCUCCUUUAGUGGCAGUAGCACAUUUUUUGUCACACAGUAACUGGAUGAUCCUAGGGUUUGGUUCUCUGUUCUAGUGUUACGGUUAGGGGCUCUGAUUGUUGGGGAUUGGGUUAGAGUUAGGGGUUCAUAUGGCUUGGGCUUGGUUUUGGUUCUAGUGUUAGGGGUUCGUAUGGGUUGGGUUUCAGGGUUUGGUUUUCAUUUCUAGGGUUGGGGUUAGGGUAAGGGGUUCCUAUGGGUUGGGUUUGGUUUUGGUUCUAUGGUUAGGGUAAGGGUUUCCUAUGGGUUGGUUUUGGAUCUAGGGUUAGGGUUAGGGGUUCGUAUGGGUUGGGUUUCAGGGUUUGGUUUUCAUUUCUAGGGUUGGGGUUAGGGUAAGGGUUUCCUAUGGGUUGGUUUUGGAUCUAGGGUUAGGGUUAGGGGUUCGUAUGGGUUGGGUUUCAGGGUUUGGUUUUCAUUUCUAGGGUUGGGGUUUAGGGUUUCUAUGGGUCAUGUUUUGAGGUUAUUGGUGUGGUUUUAGGGUUUGGAAUACCGUUGUAGGGUAAGGGUGUGGUUUAAGAUUUUGUUUAUCAAGCUUAAGGACUGAUUUCAGAGUUAGGCUCAGGCUUUUAACGUUAAUAAGGUGCAACAAGGUUUUUUUUAUUAACAUAGCAUGAUAAUAUUAAAAAGUAAAAUCAAAAGCUGGUCGAGUGCCACCAAUAUAAGUUUUUGGUGGUGAUAUCCGGUCGCUAAUGCCACGGCCGUCUGGAGCCCUGCCUCAGAAGGCUUAUUUUCUGUAUAUUAGCCGUUUUGGUAGUCUUCCAACAUACAUCAUUUGUUUAAAAAUAGAAAUGUGUUCUCAGUCAGUGGAAAAAUACUGUUACAUUAUAGAAACCCUGAUGUUAAACCCAGUAAUUACCUAAGUGACCCUAUUCAGUUCUCCCUGGGACUUUUUUAAUAUUUGUAAUGUGUACAGAGUUAUUGUGCAAUACCAGCGGUCUUUUAUGAAAUUAAUGUGUGGACCUUAAGAAACGGGGGCUUAACACAAUGUUUAUAGUGUUGCUUUGGUUGGUGGAUUGCACGAUCUCUGCUGGCGGUGCUACACUUCCUUGAAGAUGAAUAAAUUAAUCACUAAAGGGGUUGAAAAAUGUUUAAAGUUGGCUUUCUCUAUACCCCUGAGCCUACUCAAAUUCAUAAAGAACUUGAGCCUACUCAAAUUCAUAAAGAUCAGUCAAUAAUACCAAUGUUUACCUGUGUAACGGGUGAACCCAAACCAGACAUGGUUAUCUUGUUUUUACUCAACAUCCUAUAGCAUUUUUAUAUUUAUUACUUAUAUUUUAAAAAGGCAGAGAAUUCUGUAAUUUUUUCCUAUAUUUUCUUCACAAAGAAAUUUUAUCGAGGUUCAAUCAUUGUAUCAUAUAAAUAGAAAGAUAUUUGAUUGCUCCCAAAUCACGGCCUUCCUUGAAAAAAAAGAGAAAAAUAACGCAGAAUUUUUACUGCCAUGUAAAAGCUUAUAUUUUCAUAAAUUCUAAAUUUGUUCAGAAUAACGAUGUUAUGUAAUGUGAUAUUGAAAGCAUGCUUCUGUCUGUGUAUGUGUGUGUAUCUGUGAGCAUGUAGUAGUGAAUGUUUGAGAUGUUAAACAAGUCUGUUUGAUUUUGAUAUUGUGCACAAUAAUGACUUGCAAAUAAGGAUUAUUUUAUGUAAAACAUAAAACCACCUGUGUGUUUUCCCUAUUUAUGUUUGAUAUAAAGUUCUGAAUUUCUCAUACAAUAAAGCAGUUUUAUAUUGAA